AGCGGUUCUUUCUCGCGCAAGAAGAACAACGCCGAUCGGUAAGGCAGAAUCCGAAUCGGGCUGAAGUAAGUCGACUUUCCCGACUCGUUUUCGAACGCGUUCGAUGACGAAACGAGAUAUCGAUUCGGCGUCCCCGGCGUCGCGCAGACAGAGAAAGAGAGAGAGAGAAGGAGACUUGCUCGCGCACGUUUGACGUUUCCUCUUCGCUCGCGCGUCUCUCUCUCCUGUCAAAACAGUUAUUAUGCGAUCGCUUUGGCGUGAUCGCGCGAGUAAUCGCGUAUGUUCGCGCGUGUGACCGGUCGACGCACGUUUCUCGCCGAGAAAAAAUUAAAAACAACUUCCAGAAGAGAGCGGCGGUCUCGCGCGCUGCGCUGCCGCACUGGGAAUCGAUAUGCGUGAGGAACGACGGGCAACCCGUUGACAACAAAUCCUUGGGCUAAAACAAUGGAUCAAUACCGAUACCUUGCGGCGGAGGGCAACUCGUAGAAACGCUGACCUUCCCGCAGAAAAAAGACUCACACACCCGUCGGUUUUUCCGCUGCGACGACGCGCACACGAGAGCCGCCUGCUUCGCCGGCCAUGGAAAAAUUGGACAACCAGCAGAAAACCUGGAAGAAAAAAAGCAUGAAGUCAAGCGCGAGCGCCGAGGUGGCGACCCAGUGCGUGAAGGUGGUGGUGCGAUGCCGGCCGAUGGACGAGCGGGAGACCGCGCGCGGUUACACCCGCGUGGUCGACGUGUUCCCGUCCAGAGGCGUGGUCGAGGUGCGUCAUCCGCGCGAUGAUCCAUCCAGCGAGACCGUCAAGAUGUUCACCUUCGACGCGGUAUACGACUGGAAUUCCAGCCAGCAGGAUCUGUACGAGGAAACGGUCAGGCCGCUGGUGUCGUCGAUACUCGACGGAUUCAACGGCACGAUCUUCGCGUACGGGCAAACCGGGACCGGGAAAACUUACACUAUGGAGGGCUCGAAGACGGAUCACGAGAGGCGCGGUAUCAUUCCGCGCUCCUUCGAGCACAUAUUCAACCACAUCGGCCGUUCGGAGAACAUGCAAUAUCUGGUGAGAGCCAGUUAUCUGGAGAUUUAUCAGGAGGAGAUACGCGAUUUGCUGCAUCCCGACCAGAGUCUGCGUUUCGAGCUAAAAGAGAAACCGGACAUCGGGGUGUACGUCAAGGAUUUGUCGACCGCCGUCUGCAAAAGCGCGGCGGAGAUACAGCAUCUGAUGAACGUGGGUAAUCAAAACAGAACGAUCGGCGCGACGAAUAUGAAUGAGCACAGCUCGCGAUCGCACGCGAUCUUUCUCAUCACGAUCGAGAUGGGCGGCAUCGGCGACUCCUGCGGCAUCAGGGUGGGACGUUUGAAUCUGGUCGAUCUUGCGGGCAGCGAGAGACAGAGCAAGACUGGCGCGUCGGGGGAACGACUGAAAGAAGCGAGCAAAAUCAAUCUGAGUCUGUCGGCCUUGGGUAACGUAAUUUCGGCGUUGGUGGACGGCAAAACGACUCAUGUGCCGUAUCGCGAUUCGAAACUGACGAGACUGCUGCAGGAUUCUUUAGGUGGCAACUCAAAAACCAUCAUGGUCGCGAACAUCGGUCCGGCCAGCUAUAACUACGACGAGACUCUCACGACUUUGCGAUACGCCAGCCGCGCCAAGAACAUUAAGAACAAGCCUAGAAUAAACGAGGAUCCGAAAGACGCUUUGUUGAGGCAGUAUCAGGAGGAAAUAGGUCGAUUGAAAGAGAAACUCGCGCAGAAGAGUUGCGGCGUGCAACGAAAGAAAAAGAAAUCCAAAAGAAAAAAAGAAGACGAGGCGAUCGACUCGGAAUCCGAGACGGAGGACAGCCGCGGCGAGGACAAUAAAACGGUGGAGACUGACAAGAAACUGAUAGCGGAGCAGUUGAAAGCUGAGAAACAGGAAACCGAAAAUCUCAUACAGAGAAUAAAAGACCUCGAAAGCAAGAUGCUCUGCGGCGGAAAAAACAUAAUCGACCACACGAACGAGCAGCAACGUGCGCUCGAACAGAAGGCGGCCGAAAUUGCUGAACGCAAGAGACGCGAGGUCGAGAUGCAGCAGAAGCUCGAGGACGAGGAGCUGACGAUGGUCGGCGUGAGAGAGACCUACACCACGUUGCAGCAGGAAGUGGACGUGAAGUCCAGGAAGUUGCGCAAGUGUUUUACGAAACUGCAGGCUCUAAAGCAGGAAUUGGAGGACGUGACCAGCGACUACAACCGGGACAGACGCGAUCUGGAGCAGGAGCAGCACGAACUGAUGAAGGAGCUCAAGCUCAAGUACCUCAUAAUCGAAAAUUUCAUUCCAGAGGAGGAGAAGACCAAGAUUCUGUCCAGAAUUCAUCUAGACGAGGAGGAGGACUGUUGGGUGGUGAAGGAUUCCGUACCAUCCAGCGUCGACAGUAUCAAGCGCCCGACAUCGAUACCGGGUGCUCGAAGACCGAUCUCGGAGUACGCGCGAAUAGCUCACGCGAUGGGACGGGGAUGUCGUUACGCGGGCGAGAACAUACUGAACCUGGACCUCGACAUGCCGGCACGGACGACCCUGGACUAUCAGGGACCCGCGAUCGCGCCGACGAUUCAAGCCGUUCUGGAGGAGGCGCUGCGCGACGAGGGCGACAUAGACGUCGAUGCUUCCAGCACCAGGCUGAGAAAGCCGCGUCUGCAGUCGGCGCGCGUCAGACCGAAGAGCGUCACCAAGAUGCAGCAGAUUCCCGCGCCGGUCUAUCCCAAGAUGAGAGGCCUCGUACCGAAAUAAAAAAAAUAAAAAAAAAAUAAAAAAAAAACAGACAAAACCCCGAUUUGCGCGCUUCUUUCUUUCGUUUGUAAAGAGGAAUGUAUAUAUUGUAUGAACCGUGUCUCUCGUACUUUAAUUUAUUGAACAGAAAAAUACGUCUUUGUAAUUCUCUAGUCAUUGUGCAAUUCGUGAAAACGUAUAUGAUGAUACUACGUAUAAACAAUAUCGCCACGUAUGUAACUGUUGUUAAAUAAUACGAUAUAAAAUAGAUCUUCAUUCAGCUGAAAUCUCUCGAUCCCUCGCUUCUGAUCAGAUCGUCAAGGUACCUUAAAGAGUGAAAGAGUUGAACACAAGCAAGUGGCAGUAGAAGGAGAAAUGUGUAAGAAACUCUAUUCUUCUCUUUAUUUUAGUUCCUCUUAUGCUAUAUAUAUAUAUAUAUAAUCCUGAUUAUAUUCGUUUUUCUUAUAAAAGAACAAAUACUUUUAAAGCUCGUAUAUUAUAAUAGAUCUCGGUUAGCAAGUUUCGGUCGCUCCCAACGCGCGUCUUGCUUCUCUCUCUCUUCCCGCGAGAAAGUUAGAAAUUUCAUUUCAAAAUUGUUGAUGAAAAAAAGAUUUGACGCUAAAAGCAAGCAUUUGCGAAAGAACUGUGCGAAAGAACUGUGUACUUGACAAAGGGCUGAAGGCACGUUGAAGGCACGCAUGCCUUUCCAUCUCUUUUUCUGCAUUAUUGUUUUUUCUAGAAAGAUAAAUUCGUCUCUCCCCCGCACACGCGUACAUAUCAACGGUCCCCGGUUCAAUCGCGCGCUUGUUAACCGUGAUCUAGCGUGAUCCUAUUAUUAAUAAUAAAAACACUUACAGUAUACAAGUAUUGCUCAUUAAUCAAAACAUAUAUAAAUAAUUAAUUUACAAGUGAUGCUCGUUAAUGAAAAAAACAAAAAAAAAACAACGCAGAUGAUGCUACGUUCUUGCUACACUCGCGUUAGAUGUCGCAUUGAAUGUCCUGAAAUGUCGUUGGUGUAAAGUAUUUUUAAAGGUGGAUCUAUAUACAUGUGUGUGUUUAUCAUAUUGUGUGUGUGUGUAUAGAAACGGCUUUUACACCAAAUAAAAAGCAAGCUCGCCUUUGUUAUCAAACAUCGCCGUUAUUCUCAUAUAUACAACAACGACAUUUUUAUUGUUUUUUUUUUAUUUUUUUAUUGGAGAUAUACUAUUAUAAUAUAGAUGUAUAUAAACGAUA